CACGUCAUAUAAAGUGCGAUCUUUUAUAUUUUAAUCAUUUACUGAUUUGAUACUUUUGUUUAUUUUAAGAGUAAAGUGUUGGGACGUGUUUCAAAUCAUCGAUCAAUACAAAAGCAAGCUCGCAGAAAUGAAUGCAGGUUUUGAACUGAUGAUAUUUCAGACCUGCAUUGUACGAUAACCGUGAUCGUAACGAUACAGAUCAAAAAAUUGAACGUAAGCAAUUUGUAACGGUGUUUAUUUUCUGCAAGUAUAAACGUCAUUGAAAAGUCGUUGGACACUUUUUUUAAUCAACCGAUCAUCUUAUCGUUAGAUCGGACUAAGAUCGUCAACGGACUGCCCCAUUUGCUGUGAUCAGAGCAAACAAUGAGGGAGAGCCCGAGGAGACCCAUCAUCCUGAAGAGGAGGAAACUGCCAUUUCAGAAGAGUGAAUCCAAUGCAGGCUGUGAUGAGACAGACGGGCCACCCUGUAAGGUCACCCCGACGCCCCCCACUACCCGCUGCUUCCCUGAUGGUAUUCGCAUCAUGGACCACCCCACCAUGCCGGACACGCAGGUGGUGGUGAUACCAAAGACGGCCGAUCUGCAAAGUGUCAUAAGUGCCCUGACCGCUAAAGGGAAAGAGUGUGGCCCACAAGGGCGUAACAAGUUUAUCCUGCUUAGUGGCAGCACCAGUUCAGAAGAGGAUACAACUUAUUCUGGAAAUUGUGGCACGACACUAACUGGACCUUUGGGAGAUGUGUCCGUGGAUGACACCGUGGAUGCAAAGACCACCUUAAAAACAUUAAAAAAGGAGACCGAGUGCUUUCCGCUCGAUGAUAGUCUGACCAACAUCCAGUGGCUGGGAAAAAUGAGCACGGACGGGCUUGCAUCGGAUCCGGAUGAUAAAGACUGCAGCAAAGAAAAUCAAGGCGACUGUCAUGAACCUCAACAGCCCUCAAGAGGUGAAGAAGCAGUGAAAGACCCUAUAUCCGAGAGACCCCCAUAUUCCUAUAUGGCCAUGAUUCAGUUUGCUAUUAACAGUAAGCAGAACAGACAGAUGACCUUGAAAGAAAUUUACAACUGGAUCGAAGACCAUUUCCCGUACUUCAGAAAUGUCGCAAAACCUGGCUGGAAGAAUUCCAUACGUCACAAUCUCUCGUUGCAUGACAUGUUUAUGCGUGAGACGACUGCAGAUGGAAAGAUCUCUUAUUGGACUAUUCCACCGGAAGCAAACCGGUGUCUCACCCUGGAUCAAGUUUACAAGCCUUUGGUUGACCCCAUGGCCCCCAGUUUCCCUAAGACCACACAAGUUGUUUACCAACAACAACAGAAGAGGCUUUCAUCAGAGCCGAAGAAAGUGAUGGGGUCUGUUGGCACGGAGAGAAAGAUGAAGCCGUUGUUGCCUCGAACCGACUCGUAUCUGGUUCCCAUCCAGCUUCCGCUGACUCCGUCGCUCCUCCUACCCUCCACCAGCGCCAUGUCUCUCUCCACCCCUCCACAUCCUCAAAGCUCCUCCACUCAAAGAACCAGUGGAGGCGGCAGGAGGGUCCGGAUUGCUCCUAAGAUCUCUCAAACCAACGUGAGUUCUGUGAUGCUGUGCACUCCCGCCACUCAAAAGCUGAAGGAGGAGCCUGUGUGUGUGACUGUGACUCCGCCCCCGGUAACCAGACAGCGAGAAAACAGCAGCUCUCGUCGCAAACAGCGCCUGGUCUCGCCAGCCACCGAGGAACCCGUCCUGCUCUACCCCGACAGCACUCUCUUCGACUCAGGCGUGGUCUCGGACGCCUCCGCCUUCCAGGACACCCGGGAGGCGGAGUCCGACCCCGAGCCUCAGCACGAAGGUAAACCCGAAUCCGACAGCCCUUGCAGGGAGUACACCUUUAAAACUCCUAUCAAGAGCAGCCAUCCUUCCUCAUCCACACCCAGCAAGCCACCCGCCGCUCUGGAGCCCUGGAGGAUCACCCCUGUUGGUAAAGGAGGCGUGCUGGACUUCAGCCCCAUCCGUACACCCAGCGGGCCCCAGCUUACCCCACAACGGCACGAACACUUGCCGUUCAGUUUCAACAGCACACCUUUUAAGGAGUUAGCACUUUUCAACUCACCUCGAGAGUUGCUCACCUGCACCCGUCCCUCACCGAGGCGCUCCACCCCUGCUUGCUCGAGGGAGCUGCAAGUGGGAGUCGCCAACCGCUCACUUACCGAGGGUCUCGUCCUGGACACCCUGAACGACAGUCUGAGUAAAAUCCUGGUGGAUAUUAGCUUCUCCGGACUGGAGGAUGAUGAUUUUGGCAUGGACAAUAUCAGCUGGUCCCAGUUAAUCCCCGAUCUUAAGUAACUGUAGCGUUUUUUCAAUUUUCGUAAUCCGGGCUGCUGCUCGCUCUAUCUCCACUGCCUCUUAUUUUCAUUCUCUCUUGUUGUACAUAUAUAUUUUCUCCUAUUUUAUAAGUGUUUUUCUUUGCCGACAAAUGUCACUGUCUUUUACGUGGCUUUUCAGAUUCGUAGGUCUUUAUUUGCUUUAUUUGAAGUUGGUGAAUGUACUUUAGAUGUUAUUUGCACAAGUCGUAAUAUAUAUGUGAGUCAGAGAGAGAGUAUUAUAAGAUAUGUAAGGUGACAUGCAUAGUAUAAUUAUUUACACUACCCUGCAAUAAUUUGAGUGUUUUUGUUUUGGAUGAUUCUGGACGCCUUGAGCUGACUGUAACAAUCACCCCUUAAAGACUCCUGAUAAGAAAAUAAUCUGCUAAUAGAGAUUUUAAUAGAAAAAGAAAGAUCUGUAUGCGAAACCUCUUGUUGUCCUUCAAGCAAGGGUUUCUAGUCGAUCACAGAUGGUCACACCAGUGUUGCACUUUUAUACUUUGUUCGAGAAAAUCUGGACUGUAUCGAGACAUUUAUUACAUCACAUACUGUGUGUUUACGAGCAUGUCAGGAUAGUUUGUCCUGUUUGCUGUGUUCAUAUACUUCUGGCAUCAAGAACGUAAAGAAGUGUGGUUUAUUCCAAGGCUUUUAAUGUGCAUAAGAAGGUUAACAUGUGUAGAGUUCAGUUCAUAUAUGCUAAGCAAACACAAUUAUUCAUGAAAAGCAGCUAUGAGAAUUAGAUGGUUUUGUGAUAUUUUUUCAAUGAUGUAAUUGCAGUCUUAGAACAUGAAUGAACAUUUUGGGUCAGAUAUCAAUGUCAUUAAUGACAUUUGUCAGUAAGAUCCCUGUUCACUUUUGGCACAAAAGACUUCAUUCAUAAUGUGUGAUGUGAUGUGAUGUGUAAAUCAUAUAAAAAUGUGACCAUUGUUAUCUUUUUGGCAAUUGGACUUUUCGAACAGACUCUAGAGGCUAAUGAUCAUAUCCAAAGCAUACAUUUUGGGUUCUCUUCCUACUGUACCUCUUUCUUAUGAAUAAAAGGAUACUUUGUAAAACACGUUUUGGUGUUUCUUUGUGAGUUAUUACAAAAUCGUUUCUUGCUAGUGCUAACAUAUUUAGUCCCUGUUUUUUAAUAUUAUUAUUUUUAACGUUUGACAAAGUAAACAUGGUUUGCCUUCUAAAUACGAUCCCUCUUUUAAUGCACGUAUGACAUUUUUUGACUCAUUUUCCCAUCCAGCAGAAGAUUGUACAUCUCAUUGCUGAAUUGUAUGCCCAUUGAAUCGUAUUGUAUUUUAAUGUUAGCGCCACUAAACGGUCAACGGCAUAAUGAAUGAUGUGUCUAUGUAUAUGUAUGUCUGUGUUUUACAUUGUUUGAUGAACACUCGCUCAGUAGGUUUGAACUUCUUGCUGUGUCACUUCCAGAAGUAUUUGCAGCUUCAGGCUGUAAUAAUC